GUGCCCUUGUGGAGAUGGGUUCUACUCAGAGCGUCUCAGGCACUCCAGCUCGGCCUCUGCCACGCAACAAGCAUGUGUCUCGGGUGGCAGACUCUCGUUCACCUAGUGCUGGCAUCCAGCGCACUCCUAUUCAGGUGGAGAGCUCGCCACAGCCAAACCCAUCUGCAGAACAGCUGAACAGUCUCAAACAGGCGCAAGACCCAGAUCCCCGCUCUCCUACUCUUGGCAUUGCGUGGACACCCGUGAAGAUCAGUGGUCCAGACCCUCAGUGCCCACUGGUGAAAGAGCUGAGCGAAGUGUUCGAGACCGAAGUGUCCGAGACAGAAGUGUCCGAAUCGAUUUCCUCUCCAGUGCUUGGUCUGCCCCAGGAAACCCCUUUAUCUUCUGAUCUGGACCUGCCUCCGGAUCCCCAGGUAUCCCCUGAGGACCAGUUGCUGCCUUGGAGCCAGACUGAACUCGAUUCCAAACUGGUGUUUGCCAAGGAGGAAGCAAAACAAUCCACAGAAACCACGGUUUCUGGCUAGACCUCAGACAAGCCCUCCAGAGACCCAGAGACUCCCCAGUCCUCAGGUUCUAAGCACAGUAGACUGAAGACAAACAACAAUGUUCUAGGGAGGUCCCCUCUCACCAUCCUGCAGGAUGACAACUCCCCUGGGACCUUGACACUACGACAGGGUAAGAGGCCUUCUGCCCUAAGUGAAAAUGUUAAGGACCUAAAGGAAGGAGUCAUUCUUGGAACUGGAAGGUUUCUGAAAGCUGGAGGUGGAGCAUGGGAGCAAAACGAGGACCAUGACAAGGAGAAUCAGCAUUUUGCUUUGAUGGAGAGCUAGGUCUCUGCUGGAUUCUUCCCCAAGAGCACCGAGGAAAGUCCUGUUUUCUGAUUCCUCUCAGGCUACCAACUCUGGUAUUUGGACACUAUUCUUUUAUGUUCGUGUGUUUCCUGUAUAUUAAAGUAGAUGAUUUUACGUGAUGUUUUAAGACGUUAAAAAAAAAUAAAAA